GUGGCCUCAUGGGACCUGUGAGAAUGAUUUCAUCUGGGCAUGAACUGACAACCGAUUAUGAUGAAAAAACGCUUCACGAAUUGGGUUUUAAGGAUAUGCAGAUGGUGUUUGUAUCCCUGGGCGCACCAAGGAGAGAACGUAAAGGUGAAGGAGUUCAGCUUCCAGCAUCCUGCCUACCUCCUCCUCAGAAGGACAACAUUCCAAUGCUUUUACUCCUGCAAGAACCUCAUCUUACCACCCUUUUUGAUUUGUUAGAGAUGCUUGCCUCUUUUAAGCCUCCUUCUGGAGAAGUGGCUAUGGAAGAUAGUGAGAGUGCAAGAUGUGAAGAACUCCAUCUCCAUGCAGAAAACUUAUCUAGACGUGUCUGGGAACUGUUAAUGCUUCUGCCAACGUGCCCUAAUAUGUUGCAGGCAUUCCAGAAUAUUUCAGAUGAGCAGGGUAAUGAUGGCUUUAGCUGGAAGGAUCUUCUGCGAAUAAAAAGCGCCCAUAAACUUUUGUACGCCCUGGAAAUUAUUGAAGCUUUGGGAAAGCCCAACAGGAGAAUAAGACGUGAAUCUACGGGAAGUUAUAGCGAUCUUUACCCAGACUCAGAUGAUUCGAGUGAAGAUCAAAUAGAAAAUAGUAAAAACACGUGGAGCUGCAAGUUUGUUGCUGCUGGAGGUCUCCAACAGUUACUAGAAAUUUUCAAUUCUGGAAUCUUAGAGCCUAAAGAACAGGAGUCAUGGACUGUGUGGCAGCUAGACUGUCUUGCUUGCUUGCUGAAGCUGAUAUGCCAGUUUGCAGUUGACCCUUCAGAUCUGGAUUUAGCUUACCAUGAUGUCUUUGCCUGGUCUGGUGUAGCGGAGAGUCACAGAAAAAGAACAUGGCCAGGCAAAUCAAGGAAGACUGCAAGUGACCAUGUGAAGGGCCUUCAUAUACCUCGGUUAACAGAGGUGUUUCUUGUACUUGUCCAGGGAACCAGUUUGAUUCAGCGACUUAUGUCAGUUGCUUAUACAUAUGACAACUUGGCACCUAGGGUGUUGAAAGCUCAGUCUGAUCACAGAUCGAGACAUGAAGUCACUCAUUAUUCAAUGUGGCUCUUGGUGAGUUGGGCUCACUGCUGUUCCUUGGUGAAAUCCAGUCUGGCAGACAGUGAUCAUUUGCAAGACUGGCUAAAGAAACUUACCCUUCUUAUUCCAGAGACUGCCGUUCGCCAUGAGUCUUGCAAUGGUUUAUACAAGCUAUCUCUCUCUGGGCUGGAUGGGGGAGACUCAAUUAAUCGAUCCUUUCUGCUGCUGGCUGCAUCAACGUUAUUAAAAUUUCUCCCUGAUGCUCAAGCUCUGAAACCAAUCCGGAUAGAGGAUUAUGAAGAAGAAACAGUGCUGCGACCAGGUUGUAAGGAGUAUUUUUGGCUGCUGUGCAAACUGAUAGAUAACAUACAUGUCAAAGAUGCAAGUCAGACAACACUGCUUGAUUUAGAUGCACUAGCGAGACAUCUUGCUGACUGCAUUCGGAGCAGAGAAAUCCUUGACCAUCAAGAUGGUAAUAUAGAAGAUGACGGACUUACAGGACUACUUCGUCUUGCAACAAGUGUUAUUAAGCACAAACCACCCUUUAAAUUUUCUCGUGAAGGCCAGGAGUUCCUGAGAGACAUCUUCAAUCUCCUGUUCUUGCUGCCAAGUUUGAAAGACAGACAACAGCCAAAAUGCAAGUCACAUUCUUCAAGGGCUGCUGCUUAUGACUUGUUGGUAGAAAUGGUAAAGGGGUCCGUGGAAAACUACAGGCUGCUCCACAACUGGGUUAUGGCACAACAUAUGCAGUCUUCCCAUGCACCUUACAAGUGGGAUUAUUGGCCACAUGAUGAUGUUCGCGCUGAAUGUAGGUUUGUGGGUCUAACUAAUCUUGGAGCAACGUGUUACUUGGCGUCCACUAUUCAGCAACUGUACAUGAUACCAGAGGCCAGACAAGCAAUCUUUACUGCAAAGUAUUCAGAAGAUAUGAAACACAAGACCACUCUACUAGAACUCCAGAAGAUGUUUACAUACUUAAUGGAAAGUGAAUGUAAGGCAUACAAUCCAAGGCCUUUCUGUAAAACCUAUACCAUGGAUAAGCAGCCACUGAACACUGGGGAGCAGAAAGAUAUGACUGAAUUCUUCACUGACCUAAUAACAAAAAUAGAAGAAAUGUCUCCAGAACUGAAAAAUACAGUGAAAAGUUUGUUUGGAGGUGUUAUCACAAACAAUGUUGUUUCUUUGGACUGUGAGCAUGUAAGUCAGACUGCUGAAGAGUUCUAUACAGUAAGAUGCCAGGUGGCAGAUAUGAAGAAUAUUUAUGAAUCUCUUGAUGAAGUAACUAUUAAAGAUACCUUGGAAGGUGACAACAUGUAUACAUGUUCUCAUUGUGGGAAGAAAGUGCGGGCUGAAAAAAGGGCAUGUUUUAAGAAACUACCUCGUAUCUUAAGCUUCAACACAAUGAGAUACACAUUUAAUAUGGUAACCAUGAUGAAGGAGAAAGUCAAUACGCAUUUUUCAUUCCCUUUACGUUUGGAUAUGACACCUUACACUGAAGACUUCCUCAUGGGAAAAAAUGACAGAAAAGAAGGUUUUAAGGAAGAUGGUGAAUAUUUGAAAGAAACUGAAAGUUACGAAUAUGAUCUGAUAGGUGUAACGGUUCAUACAGGAACAGCAGAUGGUGGGCAUUACUACAGUUUUAUCAGAGAUAUAGUCAAUCCCCAUGCUUACAAAAACAACAAAUGGUAUCUUUUUAAUGAUGCUGAAGUAAAACCGUUUGAUUCUGCCCAGCUUGCUUCAGAAUGUUUUGGUGGAGAAAUGACUACAAAAACUUACGAUUCUGUUACUGAUAAAUUUAUGGACUUCUCCUUUGAAAAGACGCACAGUGCUUACAUGCUGUUUUAUAAACGGAUGGAACCAGAAGAGGAAAAUGGCAAAGACUACAAAUUUGAUGUUUCAUCAGAAUUGCUGGAGUGGAUAUGGCAUGAUAACAUGCAGUUUCUUCAAGACAAGAACAUUUUUGAACAUACAUAUUUUGGGUUUAUGUGGCAGUUGUGUAGUAGUAUCCCAAGCACACUACCAGAUCCAAAAGCGGUUUCCCUGAUGACAGCAAAGUUAAGCACUUCCUUUGUACUAGAGACAUUUAUUCAUUCAAAGGAAAAGCCUACAAUGCUUCAGUGGAUUGAACUGUUAACAAAACAGUUUAAUAACAGUCAGGCAGCUUGUGAAUGGUUUUUGGAUCGUAUGGCUGAUGAUGAUUGGUGGCCAAUGCAGAUUCUAAUAAAGUGUCCCAAUCAGAUUGUGAGACAGAUGUUCCAGCGUUUGUGUAUUCAUGUGAUACAAAGACUGAGGCCAGUGCAUGCACAUCUUUAUCUCCAGCCAGGAAUGGAAGACUGUUCGGAUGACAUGGAUGGUCCUGUGGAAGACAUUGGCAGUCGCUCUUGUGUAACACGCUUUGUGAAGACGCUCUUGUCAAUUAUGGAGCAUGGUGUUAAGCCUCACAGUAAACAUCUCACGGAAUACUUUGCCUUUCUUUAUGAAUUUGCCAAAAUGGGAGAAGAGGAAAGCCAGUUCUUGCUUUCACUGCAAGCCAUAUCUACAAUGGUCCAUUUCUACAUGGGAACCAAAGGACCUGAAAAUCCACAGGUUGAAGUACUUUCUGAGGAAGAAGGGGAGGAAGAGGAGGAAGAGGAAGAUAUACUUUCUUUAGCAGAAGAAAAAUACAGGCCUGCUGCCCUUGAAAAGAUGAUUGCCCUGAUCGCUCUUCUAGUUGAACAGUCUCGCUCAGAAAGGCAUUUGACUUUGUCACAAAACGAUAUGGCAGCGUUAACAGGAGGAAAGGGUUUUCCUUUUUUGUUUCAACAUAUCCGUGAUGGUAUCAACAUCAGGCAAACUUGCAAUCUCAUUUUCAGUUUGUGUCGGUACAAUAAUCGACUCGCAGAACAUAUUGUGUCCAUGCUUUUCACAUCUAUAGCAAAGUUGACUCCUGAGGCAGCCAAUCCUUUUUUCAAAUUGCUGACAAUGCUAAUGGAAUUUGCUGGUGGACCUCCCGGAAUGCCACCCUUUGCUUCUUACAUUCUGCAGAGGAUAUGGGAGGUCAUUGAAUACAACCCAUCUCAGUGCCUGGAUUGGCUGGCUGUGCAAACACCUCGAAACAAACUAGCUCACAGCUGGGUGCUGCAAAAUAUGGAAAACUGGGUUGAACGUUUUCUUCUGGCACACAACUAUCCUAGAGUGAGAACUUCCGCAGCCUAUCUCUUGGUGUCGCUUAUUCCAAGCAAUUCCUUCCGUCAGAUGUUCCGAUCAACUCGCUCUUUGCACAUCCCUACGCGCGAUCUGCCUCUCAGUCCCGAUACUACAGUAGUUCUUCAUCAAGUCUACAAUGUGCUUCUUGGCCUUCUUUCAAGAGCUAAGCUAUAUGUUGAUGCUGCUGUUCAUGGCACUACAAAACUUGUGCCCUACUUCAGUUUCAUGACAUACUGUUUGAUCUCAAAAACUGAGAAACUCAUGUUUUCUACUUACUUCAUGGACUUAUGGAACCUUUUCCAGCCUAAACUUUCUGAGCCGGCUAUAGCCACCAACCACAAUAAACAGGCUUUGCUGUCUUUUUGGUAUAAUGUGUGUGUCGACUGUCCGGAGAACGUACGCCUUAUUGUACAGAAUCCCGUGGUGACGAAGAACAUUGCCUUCAAUUACAUCCUCGCGGACCAUGACGAUCAGGAUGUGGUGCUCUUUAACCGCGGGAUGCUGCCUGCCUACUACGGCAUCCUGCGCCUCUGCUGUGAGCAGUCCCCUGCGUUCACGAGGCAGCUGGCUUCUCACCAGAAUAUCCAGUGGGCCUUUAAGAAUCUCACGCCACAUGCCAGUCAGUACCCAGGAGCAGUAGAAGAGCUGUUUAACCUCAUGCAACUGUUUGUAGCUCAGAGACCAGACAUGAGAGAGGAAGAGAUAGAAGAUAUAAAGCAAUUUAAGAAGACAACCAUAAGCUGUUACCUGCGCUGCUUGGACGGACGGUCUUGUUGGACUACUUUAAUAAGUGCCUUCAGAAUAUUAUUAGAAUCUGAUGAAGACAGACUUCUUGUUGUGUUUAAUAGAGGAUUGAUUCUGAUGACCGAGUCCUUUAACACGUUGCACAUGAUGUACCACGAGGCCACAGCUUGCCAUGUGACUGGAGACCUGGUAGAACUGCUGUCUAUUUUCCUUUCGGUUCUUAAGUCAACACGUCCAUAUCUGCAAAGAAAAGAUGUGAAGCAAGCUCUCAUUCAGUGGCAGGAGCGAAUUGAAUUUGCCCAUAAGCUCUUAACUCUGCUAAACUCCUACAGUCCCCCAGAACUCAGAAACGCUUGUAUUGAUGUCCUCAAGGAGCUUGUACUUUUAAGUCCUCAUGAUUUCCUACAUACUCUGGUUCCAUUUCUACAGCACAAUCAUUGUACAUACCACCACAGUAAUAUCCCAAUGUCUCUUGGACCUUAUUUUCCAUGUCGUGAAAAUUUGAAAUUAAUAGGGGGGAAAAGCAAUAUUCGUCCUCCACGGCCUGAACUUAAUAUGUGCCUCUUGCCUACAAUGGUGGAAGCCAGCAAGGGCAAAGAUGAUGUUUACGAUCGUAUGCUGCUAGACUACUUCUUUUCUUAUCAUCAGUUCAUCCAUCUACUAUGUCGAGUUGCAAUCAACUGUGAAAAGUUUACUGAAACUUUAGUUAAAAUGAGUGUCCUAGUUGCAUAUGAAGGUUUGCCGCUUCAUCUCGCGCUGUUCCCCAAGCUUUGGACUGAGCUUUGUCAGACUCAGUCCGCAAUGUCAAAGAACUGCGUAAAGCUCCUCUGUGAAGAUCCAGUUUUUGCAGAAUAUAUAAAAUGUAUUCUGAUGGAUGAAAGGACCUUUCUGAACAACAACGUUGUAUACACCUUUCUGACCCAUUUUCUUCUAAAGGUCCAAGGGCAGGUGUUUUCUGAAGCAAACUGUGCCAACUUAAUCAAUACUCUAAUUACAAAUCUAAUAAAUCAGUAUCAAAGCUUAGAAUCUGACUUCAGCAACCAGAGAGUUGAAAUUUCCAAAGCAAGCUCUACUUUAAAUGGGGACCUCCGAGCACUUGCCUUGCUGCUUUCGGUGCACACUCCCAAACAGCUCAAUUCAGCCCUGAUUCCAACUUUACAAGAGCUUUUAAACAAAUGUAGAGCUUGUCAACAACAGAGGAACUCAUUACAAGAGCAAGAAGCCAAAGAAAGAAAAACUAAAGACGACGAAGGAGCUACUCCUGUGAAGCGAAGACGGGUGAGCAGUGACGAGGAGCACACUGUAGAUAGCUGUAUCAGUGAUACAAAAACUGAACCCCGGGAGGCGUUGACCCCAACGAGCACUUCGGAUAACGAGACGCGGGACUCUUCGAUCAUUGAUCCAGGCACUGAGCAAGAUCCUCCUUCCCCCGAGAACAGUUCUGUCAAGGAGUACAGAAUGGAAGUUCCAUCUUCAUUUUCAGAAGACAUAAUGUUAGCGACGCGGUCACAGCACACGGAAGAGCAGUCAGGGAACGGUAAAUUUGAAGAAUGCAAAGAAUUUAAAGACCUGCAGACUUCCAAGGAUUCCAUCGGCGCCGAGGAGGACUCGGAGUUUCCUUCCACAUCGAUUUCGGCAGUUUUAUCUGACCUCGCAGAUUUGAGGAGCUGCGAUGGUCAAGCCUUACCAUCCCAGGACCCUGAAGCUAGUUUAUCCAUCGGCUGUGGCCAUUCCAGAGGACUUUUUAGUCACAUGCAGCAGCAUGACAUUUUAGACAUCCUCUGUAGGACCAUUGAGUCUACGAUUCACGUGGUCACAAGGAUAUCUGGAAAAGGAAACCAAGCUGCUUCUUGACAUUAGAUGGAGCAUGUCUGCUUUUAAGUCUUUUUUUUUUUUUUCCUUCCCCCCCCAAAAACCGCUGUUUGUAUAAGUUUUGCUUAUUUCUGUUUUGUGCUUCAGUUUGUCCAGUGCUCUCUGCUUGAAUGGCAAGAUAGAUUUAUAUGCUUACUUCUUGGUCAGGCAGAACUCCAGAUUUCUUUUCUUUCUUUCUUUUUUUUUUUUCUCCCUCCCCCCCCGCCCUUUUUUGCCUCUACCGUACACUUUCUUAAAGGGCAAUCAGAUAAUGGAUAUGUUUUAUGUAAUUAAGAGUUCACUGUAGUGGCUUUCAUUUAAUAUGGCUGUCUGGGAGAACAGGGCCUCGUUGCCCUGGAUGAUGUAAUUUAAACUUAUGGCAUUUUUACUGUGUAUAAUAUGGUGUCCUCUGUGCCAGUUUUGUACCUUAUAAUAGAGGCAGAUUGCCUCAGAUCGCUGUGGUUCUUAUUAUCAAAAUUAAGUUUACUUGUAUACUAAACAACCACAAGAAAUUUGAUUCUGUAAAGAAUCCUCUUUAGCUGUGGCCUGGCAGUAUAUAUAUGGUGCUUUAUUUAACAGAAUACCUGUGGAGGAAAUAAAGCACACUUGAUGUAAAAUUAAUUGUUUUAUUUUUAUUGACAUGAUCAAUUGCUAUUCUGUGCACUUCAUUAAACUGAUUGUGAUGACUUUUCA